UAUUGCGAACAGAGAAAGUUACCGCUCCCUCUCGCACACUAUCUGGCUCUCUCUACUGCUCUUUCCCUUGUCAGGUUGCAUCAUUGUAUGGCCGCCAAUUCGAAGAACCGAGGGGUCGCUCUGAGCUUGGGCAAGCGAGUCGUUAACCAGAUCUGGACCUCCAACUCGCCCGUUCCCGCUCUCUCCUCUGCUUUCACUCUCAGGAAAGCUGCGCACACCUCAGUGUAUGACAAGAACCCUGAUGAUCAUCACAUUUCCAACGUGGUGCCAGACCAUGUAAUCCAGCCCCAAUCUGAAAACUACUGGGAGCCACACCCAAAAACAGGGGUAUUUGGACCCCCUGCCGACGAAGCAUCGAUCGCAGCGGGCAAGCCCGGCUUCCAGCCUUCAACUGUGGAUGGUGCUGACUCUGUGCUGGAGCAGAAGGCCUGGUACCGCCCCACCGGUCUUGAGGACUUGGAGAAGCCUCACGCUCUCUGAACGCAAAGCACAAGGUGAAGGGAAAUAGCUAUAUAAAUAAUUGUAGGCGUACGUGGCUUUCGUAGCCUACGUAGUAGUUUGGUGUAACAAAUAACAGUGGUUUUAUGUUCAUAGUAUAGCUAGUGGAGCUGGGAGUGAAACGCAUUAUAUAUGUAUAUGCGACUUGCAUAUCCUGUUAAGAACAUAGGUAUGUGUAUAUGGUCGUGGUUUAUGUUUCCACGCUACUUAUUUGCUAUAAAAGGUUUGGUUUUGUUUAA